GAUUCUGCCUUUGGUGACCUUAAGUGAAUUUCUGACUGCAUAUAAUGUACCAAAUGUAAAAAUCCCCGCGGGCCCUUGAAUUAACUAUAUCCCAAUUUUCCCGUCAAAAAAAAAAACUAUAUCCCAUUUUUAAAUUUACGAGCCAAGGGUAAAACUUAUACAAAGCACGGAGUUAUACAUUUAUUAUUUUUCAAGGUCCAAAUGGAAUAUUGGAACAUGGUGUUUAUCAUAAAAAAGUAUCCACUGUAACAAAUUACUCCGAAGUUCAGAAAAUCUUCUUAGCUUAUCUCAAUACUUCGUAUAUAAUAGUAGAACCCAAUUGUCUAAACAUUUUUUUUAUUUUUUUCCCAAACAUUUUUUCUUUUAAUUAUAGACUGCUAUGGACUAUGCCAGUAUGCCACUAUGGAGUAUGAAAUAAUCUGAAAUGAAUGCAUUUAUUAACAAUACAGUUAAACGAUACAGCUAGUAAUUGAUGAUUUAAUCCCAAUCAAUUUGACUAAUUGGUGAUUUUGUCAUCAUAUAUACUUCCAGAAGUUAUAUCACUAUCAUAAUUCCACCUAUCACUCCACUAUUUAAUCCACAAAACAUCGACUCCUCUCACUCUGACUCCUCAAAUUAAACACAGUCACACUCACUCUCAUCUCUUCUAUCCAAAAAUCAGAACCUUGAUCCUAAUCACAUGCACUUGGCCACUUACACACCAUAUUUCGUGUCCAAAACAUGCAUCCAACAUAUCCUCAAUCAAAUAAGGUUUGACUCACUUUGGUAAGACUUUCAGCUCAGAUGAGUCAGAUUCCUAAUGUAUGGAAAAUGAAACUUACUAAAUGAGGGUGCAUGAGGGUUUAAAUCUCCUUUCCUUUCUCUCAUCCCAAGUGCGUAUCGUGUUUGCCUGUAAUAAUGGACCUAAAACAAUAACAUAAGGUUUAAAGUCUGGUUAGGAUACUUCUCCUUACCAUACACAGAGAAAAAAUAAAUAAAUAAAUAAAUAAAUAAAAUCUGUUUAAAUCUAUCAACAAAACAAAGAAAAAAUAUAUCCUUGUCUCCUGUGGCUAUAAAUUCUACUCGUCAUCUACCUUCUAAAAGCUUCCUUUUUCUCUUCAGAAACACACACUCCUCUUUCACACUAGCCCAACAUAAACGUAUUACUUAGAAAAUUAAUCCCCCAAAAAAAAAAAAAAAAAUGGGAAUAGUAGAAGAAGCUCAUAAUGUAAAAGUAGUAGGUUCUGGUACAAACGUAAUAGUAUUAGGACAUGGGUUUGGAACAGACCAAUCUGUUUGGAAACAUUUGGUACCUCAUUUAAUUGAUGAUUAUAAGGUUGUUUUGUAUGAUAAUAUGGGAGCUGGAACUACUAAUCCUGAUUACUUUGAUUUUUAGAGGUACUCUACUUUGGAAGGUUAUGCUUAUGAUUUGUUGGCUAUUUUGGAGGAUUUCAAGUUAUCUUCUUGUAUUUUUGUUGGUCAUUCCGUUUCUGCUAUUGUUGGUGCCAUUGCUUCCAUUAUGCGUCCCGAUCUUUUCUCUAAGCUCCUCUUAAUCUCCGCUUCUCCGAGGUACUUGAACGAUGUUGACUACUAUGGAGGGUUCGAGCAAGAAGAUCUAGACCAACUAUUUGAGGCAAUGCAGUCCAACUACAAGGCUUGGUGCUCGGGUUUUGCCCCAUUGGCAGUGGGUGGGGAUAUGGACUCAGUAGCUGUCCAAGAGUUCAGCAGGACUUUGUUCAACAUGAGGCCUGAUAUCGCCCUUAGCGUGGCUCAAACCAUUUUUCAAAGCGACUUUAGGCAAUUGCUUUGUCAUGUGACUAUUCCUUGCCACAUUAUUCAGAGUAUCAAGGACUUGGCUGUUCCAGUGGUUGUGUCUGAGUAUCUCCAUCAGAACCUUGGAGGAGAUUCUAUCGUCGAGGUCAUGUCAUCGGAAGGCCAUCUUCCUCAGUUGAGCUCCCCUGACAGUGUGAUACCAGUGCUCUUACGACACAUUCGCCAUGACAUAGUUGUCUAGUCUAAAAAAAAGGUAGUAUUGAGCUUUGUUUAGUUCCUGUUCUUGUGUGUUUAACGUGAUUAGGCAAAAAUAACUAAUAGUAGCAUGUUUGAUUUUCAUGCAAGUGUAUCAUAUAUUAUGGGAGGCAUACAUAUUGUGCAUAAGAUUGUAGCAGUAAUUGUUUCAAUGAUUUGAAAUUAAAAUAGGUAUUGUAUUAUGUUUUGA